AAUGGUCAGUUUAGUUGCGAACCGAUCGCAGAACGCACUGGCCGAAUUCUAAAUUUGAAAAUUUGAAUUUUAUCUGUGUGAACGGUGCUGUGUUCGAUUUUUAAAAUUUAUACCUGGAUUUGGAUUGUUCCUGUGUAACUUUUUAAGAAGAUCUCACGAUGCCUGCCUCGAAAGACUCCCACUCAAAAUACUCCUCAAACCAUUCAUACUCCAAUAACGGCAUGACCCUAUCAGCAAAAGUCUACCACCCAGCGACCAACCUGAUGCCUUUGACACCCCCCCACUCCCCAACGGGCGUCGCCCCCUCCUUCAACUCCAAGACCACCCACUCUUGGAGCCGACAGAACAGCUACAACAACGGCAAGCAGUCCUGAUGAAGAGGAUUCAGCAGCUGGAGAAGAAACACGAUCGCCCACCAACUUGUCAAAGGGUGACAAAGACGGGGUCACCCAAGGAGCUGUUCUAGGUCCCUAUAUUUUUAAAAUAUGGGGGUCGACCAGGGUUCACAUCUAGGACCAUAUUUAUUUAAAAAUCGUAGGAUUAUAGAGAAUAAUAACAGAAUAAUAGAGAACUUUAAUGUAUUUACAGAAGCGAAUUGAGUGAUCUCAACCAUUUCAGCGAAUUUUCAUUUAAUAUUAAAAUAAUCAUUUAAAUUAAUAUACAUUUUCAUGGAUAUGAGUUUAAUGCCCACCAUAAUGUAUUUGAAUUUCAUUUUAUUAACUUAUUUUUUGUACCGAAAUUGUGUCUUAUUAAUUGAUAAGUUGGUUGGUGGGAAUAAAAAAAAAUGUCAGUUUUAAUGACAUUAUGUUUUCUAAGUCAAACAUGACACUAAAUUAUUUAAAGCAGUAAGCUUAUGUUUACAUUUAAUUGUAAGUGAAUAAAAUAGUAUUAAGUAAAUAAUAA